AUGGUUGAUCGUCCCUGCAAAUGUCCUGCGGGCACCUCAUUCAAGAACCUUACGUCCUAUGGUGUGAUUGGCGCUCCCGCCCACGAUGUGCAGGAUAUCAUGGGCUCGUUCUUCAACAUCCAGUUCCAAGGCGGUCUAGUCCCUUCCAGCACGAAGGGUAAAGACCGAGUCCCCGGUGCUGUUCGGACUUUCAAUUUCUCGGGUCCAACAGGCUAUUACCAGAUCAGCGAGGAGCUUACGCAAUGGAGGACCUGGCCGGAUGGUUCGUUUGACCAACAGUAUCAGCAGAGCCCGAAGCCUCCGGUGGUUCAAGUGCCCGGUGCUGGGGCUUAUCACGGCGAAUGGACCAGUAUCAUCGGCCAGCAGACGGUCGUGCGUAAUGAGACAGCGAUAGCGUGGAAGAAUUGGCGCUGCGAGACCGGAGAGACAUUUCCGGCGGCCCCGUCGCACGAGGGGGGAAUUACCAAUACGUCAGCGGUUCUCGAGAAGCAGGGAAAGCUCACGGGCGUGAGCAUUGAUUCUUUUACCAUUUUUUAUGAGGUUAGAGACGAUUAG